CUUACCGCCGCCGAGAACCGCGAGCUGGAGACGCGCAUGCAGAAGCGCCAGCUCAAGGAGUUUAUGAGCGUCAUCGGCAACCUCGUCGACACGUGCUUCAACUCGUGCAUCAACGACUUCACGUCCAAGGCGCUGUCGGGGACCGAGACGGGGUGUAUCACGCGGUGCGUGCAAAAGUCCAUGACCACGCAGGCGCGCAUGGCGGAGCGCUUCGCCGAGCAGAACCAGGCCAUGGCCGCCGAGAUGCAGCGGAAGGCGCAGCAAUAG